CUUAGUACCUCAUCAAGUGCAUCAUCUGCCUUCUCACUUGCAGCCUGCAUCCGCCCGAUUACUCUUUUAUCUCUUUUAUUGCUCAAGAAGAAUGGCGGAGCACUCAGGGUUCUGGUUUGGGGCGGAUGUGGAGAUCCUGUUCAGCGGAUGGCCUUUAGGUCACGGCCACUUCCACUUCUACUUGGCUCUACUUCUUGUGUUCAUGCUAUCCAUGGUAGCCCAGAUGUAUGCAAUGACUCCCAUGAGCACCCCGAAGAUUGUUCCUAAGAGCCUCAUCAAUCACGCCGCCCUACAUGGCCUCCGUACUUUGAUCGCCUACUUAGUUCUCCUCUGUGUCAUUACCUUCAAUGUCGGAGUCAUAAUCACAGUACUCCUUGGACAUGUCGCCGGCUACUUAGCUCUCACAUUAUACAUCAAGUAUUACUACCCUGUCCCAGUGGCGACUCCCCCUGCUGAUGAUGCCAAAGCCUGAUGCCCCGCCUAACCAAGUUUCUUCUCGAUGGCUACUAUAACUAUUUACCUACUUAUCUAUAGAUGGGGAGGAGACUUGAGAGAAUAGGUUUGUAUUCCUCCAUACAGGCUAAGCUUUAGUAUUGCAUUCACUUAUUGUUACUUUUGUACUCAUGCUUUACAAGUGUGUUAGUUAAUAAAAGUGUAAUUUGUUCUC